CCCUCGUUAUCGAACUGCAACAGCGACCCAUCGAGUAGCUAUUAAUAAAUCCUACAACCUCACGUCUUACUUCUAGAGUUCUCAUCUUAUUCUUGUUACUCCUAAACCACUUUCAGAGCGAGAUUCACGAAUUACCAGACACUCAAAUCCUCUCAAUACCACCGUAAGCCAAACCAAAAUGGCUGAUGACGCAAAGGCCGAAGCGGCCAAAAAGCUGGCUGAAAACAAGAAGAAGUUCGAGGAACGGAGGAAGCAAAUGAAGAAAGGAGGGGGGUCGAAGCAAAAGAAAGAUAAAGACAAGGAAGACACCCCCGCUACAGAACCAAAACCUGAAUCGAGCACGGCCGAUGAGCCAGCUGUCGAAGAUGCCUCCGCGGAACCACCAACCUCCCCCUCAGGUUCAAAUACGGCUACUCUUUCGCAACAGUCGAAACUUCGCUCCUCGUCCUUCCGUGCUGGUACCGUAUCACCAACCGGAUUCCCCCUAAGCCCCGAAGGCGAAACGGCACCCGACAUAUAUCGCAAACAAGUUGCACGUAUAGAAGAUCUGGAAAAAGAAAACAAGAGACUUGCUAAAGAGGCUGGUGACUCGGAAAAGCGAUGGCAGAAGGCCGAGGAGGAGUUGGCUGAUCUGCGGGAAGCCGAUAGAGACGGUUCAGACAGCCAAGUCGAGAAAUUAAAAUCCGAAAUCGCAGCCCUACAACGCCAGAACUCGCAGCUCCAAUCCGCAGCCUCGAAACGGCAUGGCUCGUCACCCUCGAUCUCCCUAUCCUCGCCGGCUGGGGAACUACAAGCUCAACUCGCUUCGAAAUCCGUCACCAUCGAGACUAUGGAACUCGAGAUCUCGCGUCUGCGUGCGCAGGCUGAGCGACAAGCCUCUGCCGGCGGCACCGACAAGGAGCAGAUCUCUGCACUCGAAGAGAAGCUCGCGCGCGCGGAGCAAACAGCGAUGAAAGCGCAGCGUGAGCUUGGCGACUUGAAGCGCAACCUCGAACGCACUACCGAACGCGCUGUCAAGGAAGGAAGCGAGCGCACAAGCGCCGAGACUAAACUCCGAAGCCUAGAGCGCGAGACCGACAAGCUCCGCGGCGAGAAAGCCGAGUUAGAGAAGAAGGUAGAGGCUCUAGACAAGAAAGUCGCAGCACUAGGAACCCUACACAAGGAGAACGACAGCCGCUCGCAAGCAUUAAGGAAAGAUAAAGAACGUGCCGAAAAAGAGGCGCUAGAUGCGAAAACUAAAAUCGAGAAGCUAGAGGCUGAGAACACGCGGUUGAGGAGGAAAGACGCCGCGGAGGGCGGCGGCGACGAUGAUGGUGUCGAUGAGCUAGAGGACGAGGAGAGGCAGCGCAUGGAGAAGAAAAUCCGCGAUCUCGAGAGCGAAGUGUACGACUUGCGCCGCGGGAUCUGGCAUCAGCGACGCAGGGAAAUGGAACCCGGCGCCGACGACGGCGCCACGAGUCCCAGCGGCGGGUUCACCAACAUCGACCUCGGCGGCCCGGGAUCCGCUCGCAAGCCUAGUGCUAGAGCGGGCGGGUUCGGCGAUUUCUUCGCGAGUGGGAUUAACGCGCUUACAGGCGCCACGCCUGUAGAUGAGAAGACGAUGGACGAGGGCGGGCUGCUUGAUGAUGAUGAUAUGGAGUUCGACGAGGAGGCGUUCCGCCGUGCGCAGGAGGAGGAUGCGAAGAGGAGGCUCGAGAGGAUUAAGGAUAUUAAGAGGGGUUUGAAGAAUUGGGAGGGUUGGAGGCUGGACCUUGUGGAUGGGAGGAGAGGGGGUGGGGGGUUUGGCGCUGGUGAGGUUUUUGAGGUAUGAACGUCGCUGAUGUACGGCUGUGCCUACCUACCUACUAGAUAUCCAUAGUGAAUUGUGGGUUUGAUGGGAUGUCGACGAUAGGAAGGGAAAUGUAGGGAAUGGAAAUGGGAAGGGGGUAUGUGGGUGCAUGGUGCAUGGGAUAUACGAGGGAAGUGUGUAUGAGUAAAAGAUCGUUAGAGUUGGCCUUGGUGGUUGAAAACUGCCUGUGCCUUAUCUUAAAAGAAACAUAGGUGGAAUGACUUCUAGUUGAGUAUAG